AUGCGUUCCUCCUCGACAGCAUUCUACACAUUGGCCUUGGUGCCUCUGGCUGCUUCCGGUCCUUUGAAAGGCUUUUCGUCGUUAGUUUCAAGGAUCAACAUCGCAAGACCGAAGAUCGGCACUGUUCCGUACAACGCCGAUAUCACUGCCUGCAACGUCCCUGGCACUGUUGCGCUCACGUAUGACGACGGACCAGGUCCGUACACAGAAGAACUUCUCCAAAUCCUGGAAUCCAACAACGUCAAAGCCACAUUCUUUAUCAACGGAAACAACGGGCAAGGUCCCAUCACGGACAAUGGCUUUGCUCGUGUUAUCAAGAAAGCAUAUGACGAUGGACAUCAAAUUGCCAGUCACACAUGGUCGCACGCAGACCUUGCGCAUCUGUCAACUGAAGAGCGGACACGGGAGAUGACCCAGCUGGAGGAUGCCUUGGAAAGCAUCAUUGGAGUUAUCCCAACGUACAUGCGACCACCGUACACCUCAUGCGAGGCUGAUUGUAUGCAAGAUAUGGAUGAUCUGGGAUAUCAUGUUGCCAAUUACAACAUAGAUACUAGGGACUGGGCUGGAGACUACAACUUUGCUCGAGAGGUCUACUCUAGUGCACUAUCAUCGUCGAGCCCGUCUUCGGCAGGCUUCAUUGAGUUGACCCACGACAUCCACGCCGAGACGGUUCACACCUUCACCCAGUUUAUGAUCGACGAGGCUCGGGAACACGGUUACAAGCUUGUAACACUUGGGGAGUGUCUCGGCGAUCCGGUUAGUAACUGGUACCGCAAAUCUUAG